CAAAUCAGUCCCUACUGAAGUGCUACUACGAAUUACUACGAUGAUCUAGACAGCAUUUCUUUAUUUUAUUAUUUUUGGGCCUGUCAGUGAGCUAAAAAUAUCUGGUUUCUGUGUAGGUACAGUUCUGUGCAGGCAUCUUCGAUGCUAUAAAAAUGGAAUCUCAAAAUCGGAGCGUUUUAGUCACCGAGUAGACCAAGCGCACCGGGAAUUUAUCUUGGUCUUAUCUCUACGAUGUUAUUCCGAGCCUGGAAUGUUCACGGCUCCUCUGCAGACCUGUUUACGUUCACGUCUCGCGUCCGGCAGACGCACUUAUCCAGAGCGACUUACGUGCAUCUGAGCAGUUGAGGGUUAAGGGCCUUGCUCGAGUGCCCAACUUGGGUGGCGGCUUGGGUGGUGGUGCUGGGAUUUUUGGACGGUGCGAUGUCCGAUGUUUAAUCGUUCACCGCGCCUUAUAGUUACAAAAUGCUCUAAAAACCGCUCAAUUCUUUAAUAUUGCAUUUUUUUUAACAACAUAUAUCCAUCCAUCCAUCUUCUAUAGCGCUUAUCCUUUCUACAGGGUCACGGGGAACCUGGAGCCCAUCCCAGGGAGCAUGGGGCACAAGGCGGGGUACACCCUGGACAGGGUGCCAAUCCAUCGCAGGGUAACAACAUAUAGAAAAGGGAUUUGCGAAAGUCCAGUUGCUUCAAAGUCCUCGCUUUCAGAAGUCCUGAUAAGCUACUCCUGACAUGACCGAGUGGCGACAGUACUGACGUAUUUAACGCUUAACCGUUAGCGAUUCUGUUUCAAUUCAAACGUGGUUAUGCUUCGUUUUGUGUCGCGCCUGCCUAGUGCGAUGGAAUUUGACGCGGGGAACGAACGCGUUGUUCUCAGUUCGUCAUCGGUUCCUAAAUAGCGUCUGUGAAAUAUCUCGAGCCUCUCUAGCCUCGUAGCUGGUCCCCGGUCCGAUGAGCCGCCUUCACCUGUCUCGCUCGACGUAAAUGCAUGCGAUUGGAUGAACUGCAACGGAAGGUCUGAUACAACAGACGUGCUAGUUUAUCCACGACUGGACCGUGGCUCUCCAGGUCAGGACGGUUAAAUAUAGACAAAGUUCUUUGUACCCUUGUUUUGGAAGCUCUUUAUUAGUGACUCUCAAUGGAGCAACUUUGAGAACUGUUAGAAGUUUGCAGCGUAUACGUGGAGUACGAGUAUACGGCCGUUCGGCGGCCGUGACGCGGGGACGAGACGACGCACACUCUGAAUGAGAAGAACGUUUGACCGAGCUGUAUAAAAUCCUCUCGCGUUCCACAUGUUCACCUGGUUUAGUUACAGAUCUCGUGGCAGGAAAAAAAAAAAAAAAAAAAACCCCUGAAAGCUGGUUCGCGUCGAUUAUACGGUCAAAGCGUGACGAUUUGAGCGAGCGAGAUCCGGACCGUGUACAUCCCGUCGACGGAACACAUCACAACACAUCGUGGGGCUGUGUGCGAACGGAAGAGUGGGAGCAGAAGACGGAGUGAUGUCAGAGGGUUUGGGAGAAUGAGAGAGCGAGGCAGCCUUAUUCGUGACUUUCUUCCCUGUCCAGUACGAGGCCGCGUUACCACAUUUUCCAAAGCAGUUGUUGGCAGCGUGCAGCUAUUAGUGUGUGUUUGCACAAUGAUGAGUGCUCUCUCUCUCUUUCUCUCUCUCUCUCUCUCUCUCUCUUUCUCUCUCUCUCUCUCUCUCUCUCUCGCUCUCUCUCUCUCGCUCUGUCCUUCUAGCGGAACUGAAAAUGCGUUCUGAGCUUCCCCUCGAUCUUUUCUGAGAAGGUGACAGCACGCAACAGGAAGCGUUGCUUUCUUUCUGGGGGUGGUGGCAGCUAGGAGACACAGACAGGAAGUGAACAUACAAGCAGGUUUAUUUCAGUGUUGCAGUCACUGGCCCGUUCUGUUCAGAUAUUUCCGCUUUUUCUCUAAGGAAGCUCCCCUGUAUGAUUGUGCACGGUAAAGGCGUCCUGCCCUGCUUGUAGUUUCGGCGGUGAGAUUCCGGAGAGGCCGGGCCUGUGUGCGUUCGGGUUUUGCUUUGGGGAUGGGGACACCGGUGUACCGUCACGUGGUCCCGAGUUUAGCCUUUCAGUAAAGAUAUCACUUAUCGUAACGCGCGAGGCGUGAUGGGGACGCGGGCUGAUGAUUAUCACCCUCGUGUGGCCGGCUCUGGUCCAAGCCAUCUUCAAUGGAGACCCUGAGGAGAUCCGCAUGCUCAUCUACAAAUCGGAGGACAUCAAUGGACUGGACACAGAGAAGCGUACUCCGCUCCACGCGGCGGCGUUCCUCGGUGACGCGGAGAUCAUCGAGCUGCUCAUCCUCUCUGGAGCUCGGGUCAACGCCAAAGACAACAUGUGGCUGACUCCUCUUCACAGGGCCGUGGCGUCGCGGAGCGAGGAGGCGGUGCUCAUACUGAUCCGUCACUCGGCCGACGUGAACGCACGCGACAAGAACUGGCAGACGCCUCUUCACGUGGCCGCCGCCAAUAAGGCUCUGCGUUGUGCCGAGCUCAUCAUCCCGAUGUUGAGCAGCGUAAACGUGUCUGACCGCGGCGGUCGGACCGCCCUGCACCACGCCGCCCUCAACGGACACACCCAGAUGGUCAAUCUGCUGCUGGCGAAGGGCGCCAAUAUUAACGCCUUCGACAAGAAGGACAGCCGUGCUCUUCACUGGGCGGCAUACACGGGUCACUUAGAUGUGGUGUGUCUGCUGGUGGAGCAGGGGGCGGAGGUCAGCUGUAAGGACAAGAGAGGAUACACACCUCUUCAUGCUGCCGCCUCUAAGGGACGGAUCGCCGUGGUUAAACACCUGCUCAGCCUGUCUGUGGAGAUAGACGAAGCCAACGCGUUCGGGAACACGGCUCUGCACGUGGCGUGCGUUAACGGUCAGGAUGCUGUGGUGAGUGAGCUGAUCGACCACGGUGCUAACGUGAGUCAGCCCAACAACAAAGGCUUCACGCCUCUCCACUUCGCCGCCGCGUCCACGCACGGUGCCCUCUGCCUCGAGUUCCUGGUCAACAACGGCGCGGACGUCAACGUGCAGAGCCGAGAUGGGAAGAGUCCCCUGCAUAUGACCGCGGUGCAUGGGCGCUUUACUCGCUCGCAGACUCUCAUUCAGAACGGCGGAGAGAUCGACUGCGUGGAUAAGGAUGGAAACACUCCGUUACACAUCGCCGCUCGUUAUGGUCACGAACUCCUCAUCAACACCUUAAUCACCAGUGGGGCCGACUGCACCAGAAGAGGAAUCCAUGGGAUGUUUCCCCUGCACCUGGCAGCUCUAAACGCUCAUGCUGACUGCUGCCGGAAACUUCUCUCCUCAGGCUUCCAGAUCGACACCCCGGACAGCCUGGGCAGGACGUGUCUCCACGCGGCUGCUGCUGGAGGGAAUGUUGAGUGUGUGAAGCUGUUGCUCAGCAGCGGAGCGGACCACAACCGCACGGACAAACAUGGCAGGACUCCCCUCCACUAUGCAGCUGCAAGUCGUCAUUUUCAGUGCUUAGAGACUCUGGUGUCCUGCGGUACCUGUAUUGAUGCCACUGACCAGUGGGGGCGCUCUGCCCUGCACUACGCUGCUGCCUCUGACCUGGACAGGAGGCGACGUGUUGCCCUGGAGCCAGAGAGUCCUGGAGUGCAAGCAGAGAAAGAGAAAGAGGCGGCUCUGUGCCUUGAGUUCUUGUUGAAGAGUGGUGCCACUGCCUCACUGAAGGACAAACAGGGUUACACCGCCGUCCACUACGCUGCGGCCUACGGCCACAGACGCUGCCUGGAGCUGCUUCUGGAUCGAGAGGAGCGAAAUGAGGACGAAGGCAAGGACUGCCUCAGCACCCGGAGUCCGCUACAUCUAGCCGCGUACCAUGGCCAUGCGCAGUCUCUGGAGGUGCUGCUACAGGGCCACUGCGAUGUGGAUCAGGGCGACGACGUGGGCCGCACCGCUCUCGCCUUCGCCGCCCUCAGGGGUCACACUGACUGUGCUCUGACGCUGCUGAACCACGGCGCUUCGGCACGCUGUAAAGACACGGUCCGCAGACGCACUCCCGUCCACCUUGCAGUGAUGAAUGGCCAUACACCGUGCGUGCGCCUCCUGCUGGAAGACUCGGACAGCGCAGAUCUGGUGGACGCAGCUGAUUCUCAGGGACAGACCCCUCUGAUGCUGGCAGUUCUGGGGGGUCAUGUGGAUGCUGUGUCUCUGCUGUUAGAGCGAGAGGCCAGUAUAGACACAGCGGAUAAUCAGGGACUGACUGCACUUCACUUAGGGUUGCUGUGUGGUCAGGAAGAGUCUGUGCAGUGUCUUUUGGAGCAGGAGGCGUCGGUGUUGGUGGGUGACCGCAGGGGGCGCUCGGCGCUCCACAUGGCUGCAGCGCGGGGUCACGCGUCCUGUCUUAGUGAACUGCUGACUGUGGCCUGUGCAGAGUCGCCCAUCCCUCCUCUGAGAGAUCGCCAUGGAUACACACCCCUACACUGGGCCUGCUACUACGGUCAUGAGGGCUGUGUGGAGGUGCUGUUGGAGCAGAAAGGCUGUCGAAGUUUUGACGGGAACCCCUUCACCCCUCUGCAUUGUGCUGUGAUAAAUGACCAGGAGUCCUGUGCAACUCUUCUCCUGGAUGCAUUAGGCUCAGAGAUAGUUCACUGCAAGGACUCCAAGGACAGGACUCCUCUUCAUGCCGCUGCUUUCGCGGGCCACGUGGACUGUAUUCAUCUGCUCCUUGCCCACGAUGCUCCCGUGGAUGAGGUGGACCAAUCGGGGCGCAGCGCGCUCAUGAUGGCGGCAGAGAGGGGGGCGAUCGGAGCUGUAGAGGCUCUCCUCACCGGUGCGAACGCGGACCUCGCUCUGACGGACCGAAAAGGCGACACCGCGCUGCACCUGGCGUGCAGAAGUGGAAAAGAAGAGUGCGCUCUGUUCAUUUUGGAGAAACUUCCGGACGCUGCCCUCGUCAACGCCACGAACGCCGCGCUGCAGACUCCCCUCCACCUCGCAGCUCGCAGCGGGCUGAAGCAGACCGUGCAGGAGCUGCUGUCGCGCGGUGCCAGCGUGCAGCAUUCGGACGAGAACGCUCCGACGCUCCCUCUCCAGGCACCCUGUUGAGAUCUCUUCCUUGCCAAGCCAAGGGCCGUCAGGCUCCACGCAGCCCCAGAGAUCCUUCCGACCCGUCCAGCGAGGGCGCGACCACCGAGAACGACUCCGACUCGGAGACCUUUUGACCUCUGCCCAUUUCUGGAGUCCUGACACCACCUUUCCACCUCUAGAGUUCUCACAGCACUCAAACCCGCGGACCUCCCGGAAGCCGUACGAACAUCCCUCCGUUUCCACGCGCGGAGGAAAUAGAAACGCCGAAGGCUGGUCUAUGCUUCGCGUAGCCACACGAGUACGAAGAUCACGAGACCUCGCGGAAAACAUCCUCUAAGAUACUAGCAGCUCUUAUCGAUGUACGGUAAAGUCGAACGCCGUCGCGGCGUUCAUCUCGAAGAGCUCGUUGGCGUGAAAAGCAUAAAUCAGCCUUCGGCGAGAACGACGGUACACUUCCUGUGAUUACACAGAAACUUUUGGAAAGCCAUUUUAUCAUUCCUUUUAACCUACCUGAUGCGUGUAAUGUUUUCGGAAUAUUCGUUCAUGGGAUAAAUUUGCCAAAUAUCGACUCGGCACAACCACACUUAGGGUACGCUGUAUAUACUCAAACCCCAGAGAAGCACAAGCUUUGGUCUGUUGUUUACUAAACAGUUCUUACUAACAGGUCCUCACUAACAGGUCCUCACUAACAGGUCCUCGUGUAGUCCUUUUAGUUCGGAUUAAGGACCAAGGACGUUGUUUCUAGGCAAACAGGGAAUUAUAAACUACUGCCACAGACCGAUCGGGACCGAUUAUAUAUAUAUAUAUGUUUUUAAAAGGAAAAAAAAGUCGGACUAGAAACGUGCGAGCGCAGAUUCACGUGUGUAAACGAAUCGGAAUUCGACUCGAUAGAUACGAUGACCAAACGGUCCCGGACAGUCUAUUACAAUGCAGAACGUAACCUAAUGAAGGUGUAUAUUUAAACCUCGGGGAGUGUUCCUCCGUCACUUUAACGAUCGUUUACACUGACAGUAUUAAAAGGAAAACGAUUCCGCGGGGCCGCGCGGGCACCGCCGCCGACACGCUCGUGUCCGAAGAGCGUUCGUCACGAAUAGAGAAAGAAAACAAACACGGUACUAUCAUUGGAAGAGAGUUGAGCGACGAAGCGUGAAGAACCAUCCCGGUCUUCGGAGUCGUGUUCCUCUUCGGAUUUAGUCCCCGAGGUCCAGGCUUUCCGGAAGAACGUCGUAUUUGUUCACCUUUCGAUUGUUUAUUAAAAUGUUUUUUUUUUUUUUUAAAUUGUAAUAAUCUGAACCAGUUUCUCGAAGUGGAUCAGAUGGUGCUCAAUUUUUAGCCUUCGGUUGUUAUUAUAGAAAUUUUGACCAAUGAAAUCGACCAAAAGAGACGAUCGAGUAUGAUCACAUGACCAAAAGUAAAAAUUGAGUUAAAAAAAGUGUGUUUUGGAUUUUUUUUUCCCCCCCGACAUCCUAAUCGUUUGUCCACUAUGUGCCAGUUUCCUAAGCUUGUCCAGUGCCUUGUUUUGUUUUUGAAAAUGUGAAGAGGGGAUUUAAUGCAUUUUUGGGUGGUUGAUUCUUACUGUACUCGUGUGUUUUCACUAUACUGAGAUAUGUGUGUGUGUGUGUGUAAUACAUCUGACAAUGUUGGCUAGCACAUUCUGUAUUUUGCUUCAUCCACACACACACACACACACACACGUCGUGUAAGUAAAGCACACGACGAACCGGUUUUCUCCGUAGGGUUUGGAUAAGUAGUGAGUGAAAUGAAGCACAGACGUGAAAUCUAUCAGUAUUAUGCCAGACUAAGACUACGCUUUGCCAAUCAUGACAAUCCUGUCGUGCGCCACAUGUUCCUCAUGCAGUAUGAAAUGAAACGCUGUUGGUCGGCUGAACGUUCUUUUCUUUUCUAUAAAUCGUAUCCUUAUAAAACGUUGUGUGUGUCGUGCCUUUUUUUCCCCCGUUUCUCCCGCUGUCCGUGUCCUCCACCAUGCACCGGAGUACUCUAGGGACGCUUUAUCAAAAGGAGAGUCGCGUGCAUUCACAGACGUACGCAAAGUUAUCAUUUUAUGACGUCGACCCGACACGGUCCGCUUGCGGUGGCUGGCGCGAGUACGUAAGUAUUCGCACCCCUCUUGAACUUUUUCCACGUGUCGUCGCGUUACAACCCGGAAGUGAAACGGACUUCAUCUGGUCAGGACGAAGCUACACGGGAUCGCCGGGGAGAAUUUUUUCCAGUGGAAAAAAGGACCACCAUGAGUCUACCAGUGGUCAUAUAUUAUUAGGAUGAUUAUUAUUAUUAUGGUGCUGUUAGGAGUGUAUCAGGUAUAGCGGCAGUGAUGAUGCGGAAUGCCGAUGUAUAUUCAACUAUGUCUUUUAAACCCCAUCACGUUUGUCCUUAAUACUCGUCGAAUCUUCCUGGAAAUGGUUGAAACAUCUGAAAACGUUAUCUCCGGUUGUAAAAGAUCUUCUCAAAACAAGUAGAUCACCUAGGUGCUCUGAUUAAAGCGGCAAUACGUAAAAUGCGUCCCAGUGAAGGCCUGAACAGGGUUAAUAAUCUUUAAUUACAUAAUCUCUGUACAUUUACGAAAGUUUUACAUUAUCUGUCGUUUCGAUUAUGAUAUAUAUAUAUAUAUAGCUAGCAUUACAGGGAUGUAGCUUGUUAAUUCAUUUCAGUGCAACUGUCCUUUAAGGUUUGUUUUGAAACCCAGUGACCUUUUAUCUUGGCAUUUAAACUGAAUCGUGUACUGCGUGGCAUUUCGCCGUGUGCAAACGGUUUCCAGUCUGUGUGGAUUGUCUACUGUGGCAUCUAGUGCGGUUUCAGCACUCAGCAGUUCACGCCCAGUCCAGUCCAGUGGUCAGGAACCAUUAGGAAGUACUUGUCCAUGGCUUCACAGAAGCGGGCACGGUACAGCUCCGGAGACACAACCGUGGGCAUUUUACCUGUGGGGCAGUGAGAGCACACGG